UCUCUCUCUUUUCUUCUGUGGUGAGCAGAGCACAGCACGGGUUGUCCCCGGUUUACCACAAUCCUUUCGUGCUCCGCUCAGGUUGCGUGUUUGGCCCUAGGGUUUACUUCGCCGUCCUCCUCUCGUCCCUCUCCUCCCGCGGUCCCGUCGUCGGCGAGGCCAGGGGAUCGAGCGGCCGGCGGCCGAUCGAGGCGGCGGCGGCGAUGGCGCACAAGAUCCCCCUGGAGGUGGCGCACACGCUCGUGGAGAUCGCGGAGGUGGCUCGCUACGCCAUCGAGCACCGCCGCGGCCACGGCCCGGCCCACGACGGCGUCUCCCCCCCGGCGGUGGACGGGGAGGAGGCCGAGCGGCUGCGGGCGGAGAACGUUAUCCUCCGCGCUCGCCUCGCCGACGACCUCUCCAUCCUCCGCGAGCUCCAAGGCGAGCCCUGUGUUUCCCAGGAGUGCCCUGCCGAUCUGCAUAAUCGUCUUGUAGCAGCAGUUAACAAUGCUAGCUUCUUGGCUCAGCUUGAGAAAAUUCGAGAUGAGUCAAGGCAUCAACAAACAGAGCUAUCUCCUGAUAACAUGACAGAACUGGAUAUUGCAGAUAUUCCAUACACUGAAGGUGGCGGGAAGAAUGGAUCUUGGGUCUUGGUUGCCUGUGAUAAACCCGGGGCAAAUAUGGAGGAAAUCAGUGGAAUUGAUAAUGAAAAUUAUGUACUUGUUAAUGAUGAUGACAUUAUUGAUGGUAUGACCUCCUUUAUUGCUAGGUGCAUUCUUGAAGAUCCAAAGUCCAAGUCAAUAUCACCAGUGGAGCUGCAAAAGGCUGUUGCAAUGGCAUUGAGCACCCUUAAUGAUAAGUGGAAAUGGAUGAGUAUUUGGGAGGCUGGAAAAGUGCUUUACAUAUUGGCAACAUGGGGAAUCACAAUAGUGGGGUUGUAUAGGAGUCGCCACGUGCUGAAAAUUGCAGCCAAGGGAGCUGUCGUGUCUGCCAAAUUCGUCAUGAAGGCACUGUGAAGUGUGAAAGCAGUGAAAUUAUGCAUGCGCGAUGAUCAGCAAUUUGUACAUACAAAAACUAUCCUUGUCAAUUGUACAUAUGUGAAAUUGUGAAUUAUGGUUUGUUCUGAACUGUUUGUUCAGAAGCGUCAUAACUCAUAAAUUAUGAAAUGUGAAAUGGUGGAAGAAUUCGUUUAUUGAGUCUGUAUAAUGAUACAUCUGCUUGACAAGUUGACAUA